GCCCUGGCGAACCUGCGCUAUCAGCGUUAUCUAUGCUGCAGGACAGAACUAUUCCAUCUCCGCGUCACGGGGCCUACCCCACCCACAUUUACCCUUGCUCAAUUCCGCGCUUCGGAAUUGAAAUUGCUCCUGCUGAAGAGUGUCGAAAGCGUGAUCAUGGAACAAAAGAAGCGCGCAGCCCGGGCGUGCGAUGAGUGCCGACGGCUAAAGGAGAAGUGUGAAGGGGGAGCCCCCUGCAGGAGAUGUGCUCAUUUCCAGCGAAUAUGUGAGUUCCGGGGUCUCCCGCCGAGGUCUCGCGAGUUUCGUCCUUACAUACCAAGGUGA